CAGUGCGCACCUGCUCGCCACUAUUCGUCAACGCGGGAUGUGCUAUCGGACUUGCGCUGCGUCGCUCUCUCUCCCUCUCUCUUUCUCUCUCUCUAGCAGUGCCUCUGUAAGGAGAAUCUUAUAAUCAGGUCACAUUUCACCGUAGAUCUCUAACCAAGAAGAAGGGAAGUCAGCCAGCGUGAAUCGCAUCUACGAAGAGCAUCACAAGCAGCCAUGGUCGGGAUGAGAGAUCUGGGGUAUUUUCUUGUCCCCGUCCUGGUUCUGGUGGGGUCCUCGAUGCAAGCGGACGUGAAAUCUGGAAAAGAAGCGCAGAAUGCGGGGAAUUUCAUGGAAGAUGAGCAAUGGCUGUCCACCAUUUCCCAAUACAGCCGCAAGAUCAAACACUGGAAUCGCUUCAGAGACGAAGUGGAGGACGAUUACAUCCGAACUUUGGAAGAAAACCCAGGCUCUGAUGAAAACGUGGACACCACCAAGGACCCCUGCCAGAAGGUGAAAUGCAGCCGGCACAAGGUGUGCAUUGCCCAGGGCUACCAGAGAGCCAUGUGUGUCAACCGCAAGAAGCUGGAGCACAGGAUCAGACAGCCAGCCCUUAAGCCUCAUGAAAGUGGCUGUAAGCCAUGCCCUGUGUCUGCCUCCACGCCAGUGUGUGGCUCCGAUGGACACAACUACGCCUCCCAGUGCAAGCUGGAGCAGCAGGGAUGCCUCACAGGGAAAGAAUUGACUGUGAAGUGCGCUGGCCUUUGCCCCUGCACCACUGAUGCGAUUCCCACCUCCGACACGCAGGGCAAACAUGAGAGCUGCACUGGGCAGGACCUCGCAGACCUAGGCGAUCGCCUGCGCGACUGGUUCCAGCUUCUCCACGGCAACGCCAAGCAGAACAACUCGGGCAAGCCCGGCGCCGGCACAGCCUCGGUUCUGGACAAGAGCUUGGUGGCGAGCUGCAAGGACUCUAUCGGCUGGAUGUUCUCCAAGCUGGACACCAACGGCGACCUGUACCUGGACCAGGCCGAGCUGGCCGCCAUCAACCUGGACAAGUACGAGAUCUGCAUCCGGCCCUUCUUCAACUCCUGCGACAGCUACAAGGACGGGAAGGUGUCCACCGCCGAGUGGUGCCUCUGCUUCUGGAGGGAAAAACCCCCCUGCCUGGCAGAGCUUGAGAGGAUCCAAGUGCAGGAAGUGGCCAAAAAGAAGCCCGGGAUGUACAUCCCCAGCUGCGACGAGGACGGGUACUACAGGAAGCUGCAGUGCGACCAGGGCAAGGGGGAGUGCUGGUGCGCGGAUCAGCACGGCUCCGAGCUGGCGGGCUCCCGGAUCCAUGGCAACCCCGACUGCGAUGAACUGGUGGGCUAUUCGGGGGACUUUGGCAGUGGGGUCGGAUGGGAGGAUGAAGAGGAGAAGGAGGCAGAAGAGAAUGCAGAGGAGGUGGAGGAGGAAGAGGAGGGGGAGGCGGGAGAGGCCGAUGACGGAGGAUACAUCUGGUAGAAUACGACACGAGGAGACGUUGGCUGACGCUAACCGGCUCUCCCGUUUAUGGAAUUAAAAAAAGGAUUGUGGGAACUAAAGGGGCAGACAUCUUUGAACCAAGCUGAAUGACUCUUGGGGUGGGGGGGGAGGGGGCAGGAGGGUGGGGGGGUACCUACUUGACCAGGUUUGGUCUUAAAUAUGUGUGACACUUCAUUAUUUUUCUGUUUCUUGUGCAAGAGAGGAGUUUCCAUUGAGCAGUCUUAGCACCUGGAGUCACAAGCUCUUCAGGCCGUGGGAAGGGCCACAGUAAACAGCGCUCAGGCUAGCGAUGAACAGAUUCCUGUGCCGUAUGCUUGUGCCGUGCAAGUACAAUAUACUACCAGCAAGCAGAACAGCCCAAUCUGCAGGACAAAUUUGUGAGCGUUUCACGGCAAAUGAUUUAUAAUGAAAUCUGAGAUGUAGCGAACAAGCCGUUUCGCCGCCUUUCCAGAUCCGCCAAUAUUUCUCGUUUAGGAGGCAGAUUGACGUUUAUGUCCCGGUUUCCGGAGGAUGCGGAGGGGGAGGCGUUUGGCAAGGGCCUCGGCAGAUUGGUCCUGUCCCGCGUCGCGCUCGUCCCCGCGGACGGCGGAUAACCGUCGGCGAGAGAGAUGGGCGGGCCCCCGCGGCCACGCCCCUGGCCCGGUGCUGCCGUCACGGCGACGCGGCCGUCCGCAGCUCGGGAAGAGGGGUUUGUUCGCUCGCUUGUCACCGGCUGACAGGUCUGGAAGCAGCCCGGGCUGUCUGGGUCCAGGCAGCUGUCCCUUAUUAACAGGACACAGUCAAGCCUGUACAACCCGCCAAAUGCGUCGCGGCGGGGGGGCGGAGCUGGCUGGUUCCCGGGCUUAUAGAGGCCCGUGGGUGACACGGACAAAGGCAAGCUAGCUGUGUGACAGUGCCGGGGUGGUAAAAUCAGUCCGCGGCGGUUGGCCUGAAAAUCCUUCAUGCUGCCGAGGUCCUUCCGGGUGGUUCUAUUGUUUUGUAAUUACAUCUGUGAAAGGGUGACCUGCUGGAAGGAGGCUGGUUGUGUUCCUGAUGUUUCAUAAAUUCUGCGUUUGUGAUGAAAGGAAUUGAGAAUUCAUGAAUUGCUCAUAGCAUUCCCUCCCUGGGGACUGUCUUAGUAGCAUCUUUACAGUGUUUCCUUUGAGUCUCAAUAACCAUUGAAAGUGGGGCAUGUUGGAGCAUUAUUAAAUGUGCCUCUUUGGCUUUACCCAACUCUCUGAAGUACAGAGUUCUGUGAAAUGCACUGGAACCAAUCCGAUCCUGCGUGACAAUGAAAGGAUUUCAACGUUAAUGGAGUCAAAUCCAAGGCCAUUACAAUGGUUAAUCGGUUGGACUGGCUUGUCUUAGAGGUGUGAUGGUUUUUUUUGGUGGAAAAGCUAGGAGCUACAUACUGAGAACAGUCCUGUGUUGCCUGAGGGGGACCGGUCAAUCUUUGAAGAUCCCGUCUACCCUGAUUUGAUUGCCACCGUUAUGCCAGUCAUUUGUGAUGUCAUAAGCGCACAUCACUACUGUAAGGACUGGAACCAACUUAAGCAACCACAACCCUGGGCACUAGUAUCAAGCUGCUGAAUACAAUUCGGACACACGUACACACACACACACACAAACACUUCAUCAAAUGAGAUUGGUUUCAGAUUGUUGUGAUGGCUUUUGUUGAAGUGUUGCAAAUAACAAAUAGCCUAUAUCCAAUGAUGAUUCAAAAUGAAUAUUUGCAAAUUUGCUAUGAUGCUGUUGUGAUGACUUGUUACAGAAAAUACUGCUUCUUAAAAUCUAAUAUCCGUAUUGAGGUAAAUUAGACAAUAUAUAUUUAAAAAAAUGUUGAACAUUGGGCUUCAAUUUGACCACCUUUUUACCUUUUCCCACAAGCAUACGGCUCAGUUAUGAAAGCCUGUUGCAGAGAUAUCUUUCUUAGUAGUGCAAGGAACACGGUUUGUUCCAUUGUAGUGCUUUACAUGAAUAAUAAAUAUCUGCGUUUGUUACCUACGGUGGUAAUAGAGGGAAACAGUAAUGUGUUUCAGGCACACUGCUUAGGUUAUGAGAAACAGGGUCAUUUAGUUAGGUUUCGUGCUACUGCUAAGCUGAAAAAUGUACACAUAUUCACAUGUACAUAACUAUAAAAUGUGGUAUGAAUAAACAUGACACAAUCGUUUUUGAUUAUCGUUCUAUUAUGGCUUUUUUGGUAUACGUUGAACCGUCAUCUUAAAAGGCUUUUUUCGUUUGUGUUGCUUUGAGAAAAAUUGCCUCAGAACCUUUGGCUGAAACGUGUCGGAUCCAUCUUCUGUUUCGAGUUUUGUGAUGAAGGUGGUAUCUGCCUCUCAACCAGUCAGUUUAGCAUAUGGUCACCUCAGAAAUCCUCUCUCCUGUUUGCUUUGGAGUACAUAGAAAAACACCAAUGACAGCCCUUUAAACGAAAGACAGUUUUAACUGCUACUAAAUCUCACUUUUAAGAAUGUGCCACUUAAUGCUCUAUUUUCAUCAUGCUACUUGAAUUUUUUUGUUAUAAAAAUGUGUAUGUUACUUGAAGUUCUGUGUGUAUACUUGAAUACUCACAAUUAGCUAUUCUUUUAAUGGUGAGUAAAUUGUAACCAUGUUCUUGCCUGCCAUUGGUAAGGUAUAUACAUUAGAGUGUUUCUAGUAUUGCAUGUUAGUGAACAAGAAUGUACUUUUCAUUGGCUGAGCACUUUACCAUUAAAUGAAAUUGGUCUGAGAUUUAUCCUAUUUCUAUGUUAUUUUACACAUGCAGCCAAACUUAGAUUUCAAACUCUUCUGAAAUUCUGAUUAAAGUUUGAAAAGUACAUAUUUGUAAAUUAAAUGGAUUUGCUGAAGAAAACGUUUGUGUUACUUGUGGUUUAAAAGUAAACUUUUCACAUUUUCCUUGUAUGCAUACUCUGUUCAACUGAUUUUAAAUGACUAGCAUUUUGAAAUAUGUAUUACUGAUAACAUGCAUUUAGUAGAAUGUGUAUUCGUUUUAAGGCUACACACCAUGAUAAUAUUUUAUGUGUGUAUGUGUGUGUGUGUAUAUAUAUAUAUAUAUAUAUAUAUAAACGCACAUAUGUACACAAAGAUGUUGUUUAUCACAUUUGAAUGCGUAUGUGAAAAUAGAAAAGAAAUAAUAUAAUUUACUGUUGUCAUGACUUUAAUAUAAAACUUCUCCAAAAAUCCAAUUUUUUCCAAUUUGACUUUAGUGCAUUGGGAUUUAAUGAAUGAUUUUGCUCUCUGCUGGCUGUACGCCAAUGUUGGCCACUGAUGGAGUUUCUUGGGUUGGCAGUAACAUCUUGCAUGUUUAUAUUAUGGAGAUAAACAAGUGUCGUAAAUAUUUGCCUUUCAAAAGAUGGCAAACGCAUACUCACAUUGACAAUGCUCAAGAGGAAUUAUUUGGAUACAAAAUAAAUUAUGAUUAAAUGUGUAUUUUUGUGUUCACAUCUAAAAAAACCCUAAAUGUUAAUGUCACAGAUUUUUUUUGCAAUUGCGAAUUACAUACGUUCCAUUUUUGGGUGUGUUUGCAAAAACCCCCCUGCCCUUUUUACAGUAAAGGCACAGGCAAUCGGAUUCUGUGAACAAGCUGUUUUAAUUCCAGUUUCAGUUUUAUCAUCUGGCAAAGCUCACCUUUAAAAAAAAAACAAAAAAAAAAACAACCUUUUUCCAUAAGGGACCAUAAGUUUAGAGCUCUGGUUCUUUCUGUGAUUGUGUCCGGAUAUAAUCAUGUUUAACACACUGGCCUCAGCACACCAAAACAUGUACACUAAGUACUGUAAAAACAAAAACAUCCACUGGAUUCUGCUCAGAUGUGUAGUCCUACUGGCCACAAUGUGUGCAGUGAAAACACACACUAACCUGGCCUUUCAGUGAUGGAAAGGUAUUGCAGUACAUUCUACUGUAGCCAUUAGUGAAACAUAUUCAGUGAUGGAUUUAAUUGACUUUAAUGAAAGAGAAAGGACUGGAAUUACAUGAGACAGUGACGAAGGACUGCAUUGGACAGCACAUCACACAGGCCUAGUGGUCUUCACAAACAGUAGACAUUUUUAACACACAGCCCUGAAAGAGAAAUUGUUAGUAAGCUGUUUUAGAUUUUACAGUACCAAUCUGCUUAAUGACAUCAUCUUCAGUCAAUAGUGCGCAUAGAAUGUAAAAUGAAAUGCUGUGUACUUAAUGUGACUUAAACAUAAUUCGGUAUAUUAUACACUUAAUACACUCUAUUUGAUAAUAAAAUAGUACCAUAACCAUG